CUUUCACCUCACGGCAGUUGGCUAACGUGUAAGCCAGGCGCGCGGGCCGGCUGAGUAAGUGGGAGCGCGCCGCCCCGGGAAUCGGGCGUGCGGAAAGGCGGCGAGGGGAUUCUUGGAGCGGCUCGGCCUUUCCCGGGAGCGAGCGAUGGGGCGCGCGGGCGCCGGGGAGCGGGCGCCGGUGUAGUCCGCGCGCUGCCCGACCCGGGAGCGCGGGCAGGCCUGUGAGGGCUGCCGUCCCGAGGGCCCGGCCUCCCGCCAUGGCCCCCAUGGGCAUCCGCCUGUCCCCGCUGGGGGUGGCCGUGUUCUGCCUGCUGGGGCUCGGCGUGCUCUACCACCUCUACUCGGGCUUCCUGGCCGGCCGCCUCAGCCUCUUCGGCCUGGGCGGCGAGCCGAGCGGCGGGGCGGCGGGGCCCGCGGCCUCGGCCGACGGGGGCACGGUGGAUCUGCGCGAGAUGCUGGCCGUGUCGGUGCUGGCGGCCGUGCGCGGCGGCGACGAAGUGCGGCGCGUCCGCGAGAGCAACGUCCUCCACGAGAAGUCCAAGGGGAAGACGCGCGAGGGGGCCGACGACAAGAUGACCAGCGGGGACGUGCUGUCCAACCGCAAGAUGUUCUACCUGCUCAAGACCGCCUUCCCCAACGUGCAGAUAAAUACUGAGGAACACGUGGACGCAGCUGAUGAGGAGGUUAUCUUAUGGGAUCGUAAGAUUCCUGAGGACAUCCUAACGGAAAUAGCCACUCCUCAGGAAGUGCCAGCGGAGCGUGUUACUGUCUGGAUUGACCCACUUGACGCUACCCAGGAAUAUACUGAGGAUCUUCGAAAGUAUGUUACUACUAUGGUGUGUGUGGCUGUAAAUGGUAAACCUGUGCUAGGAGUAAUACAUAAGCCAUUUUCUGAAUAUACAGCUUGGGCGAUGGUAGACCAUGGGUCAAAUGUGAAAGCCCGCGCUUCUUACAACGAGAAGACCCCGAGGAUCGUUGUGUCUCGCUCACAUUCAGGAAUGGUCAAGCAGGUUGCUCUUCAGACUUUCGGAAACCAGACCACAAUCAUCCCGGCGGGUGGUGCUGGUUAUAAAGUUUUAGCACUCUUGGAUGUGCCUGAUAAGAGUCAAGAAAAAGCUGAUCUAUAUAUCCAUGUGACAUAUAUCAAAAAGUGGGAUAUAUGUGCUGGCAACGCCAUCUUAAAAGCCCUUGGGGGGCAUAUGACUACCCUGAGUGGGGAAGAAAUCAGUUACACGGGUUCCGACGGCAUUGAAGGAGGGCUCCUCGCCAGCAUCAGAAUGAACCACCAAGCUCUGGUCAGAAAACUCCCCAGUCUAGAGAAGACAGGACAUAAAUAAGCCACGCUGGUCACAGGUCACCGCUCCUCCAGAGCUGAACAGUCAGCCUGGAACGCUGGAGGCUUCAAAGCAUUGGUGGAGACUGCAUGGUUAAGGCCAUCCCGAACUUUUUAAAGUAUUUAUGAAGCAUCAGAGACUUAUUUUCCCUGUAAUAGGAUGCAAGAUCAGGGAGAAUGGGUUGCUUCCUGUCUCAAGUAUCGUCUUUAUUUUUGAGACUAUUUUCGUACAGUUGUCAUACACAAGGCGCAUAUAUAUAUAUUUGUGAAUUAAAAUCUAUAGUCGAGUCUACAUUGUUAUGAGUCACCAUUUUCACACAAUAUCAUGAAUCUUCACUGUUAGUACUUUCAUAUAGAAUUGGGCUGAAGAAAGGAUUGAUUUUGUGUAGAUGUUUAAUAUUACUUUACAAUUAUAUCUCAUUGAAAAUAAAAUAAUUGGGGGUUUUUACCCCUAGUUCAGAUGGAAAGCACAAGAAGCUACAAAUUCAUUAAUAUGCAACAAAUUCUCUAUCACUUACUGAAUAUAUUUCUUAUGGAUUAAAAUAGAAAAAGCUUAAAUUGUUUUUUUUCUUUGAAAUUUUAAUAACAGGUUCACCAGCUAGUAGCGAGUAUAGAUAUAUGAUGGUUGCGUUGUAACUGUAAUUUCUGUGUGUGUGUGUUUUGUUUUGUUUUUAUAAAGAAAAGUGUGUUUGUACCUAUGGGUUCAACACUUCUGCCAUCUUGCUGGUAGUUUUCAUUUGCCCUGUGGACGGUGCAUGGUUCCAUCCUUUCCCUCUUGACCAGCAUUUAGUCUUUAACUUGUAAGGUUUGGAUUAAGGUUUCAGGGUUAGCAUUAGAAUUUGGUAUAUUUUCUCAUUAGGGAUAAAAUAUGCUGUAUAAGGCAUUAUAAAAAUAUAAAUGAUCCUCUUAUUAACUGAAAGUUAUUUGACAUUAUGUGAAUUGAGCUAGCUUUUAUUAUUUUCAAAAGCCUUGUUAUAGUACUUUUUAAAAAAUUUGCCAGGUUUGUGUAUAGAGAUUCUCUCAUUAUCAAGAAUAAGUUAAGGUUGCUUUUGCCGUGGUUAGUUUUACCAUUAAUAAAUGGAUCUAACCUAACCAAACUAAGUAUUAACUUUUGAGAUAAUUUGUAUCUUCCCUUCAGAUUAAAAAAAUGAAGAUUGGA